CCGUUAGAGUGCAGAAGAGGAGAACAGGUGUAACCUAUUGCAGAAUUCUGUGAAGAGAUGACUGCAGCCAUGAUCAUACUGCGAUUGUGUGUGCUACUUCUGAUAAAUUUAGGACUUACAGAUGCUAAAGUAGAUAUUAUCACUACUGAUCCAGAUGUGCUGAUCGGAACUGACGUCCUGCUUUUGUGCAAAGCUGAUACAGAGGGAGAAUUCAAAUGGGUGAAGGAUGAUGAAGACAUUGACAAUGAUCGUUAUUUAGUCGAGAAUGUGGAUGAGUCAUCAAGUAAACUGACCUUGAAGAAUGUUCAAUUAGGUGACAGUGGAGUCUAUUCCUGCAUUUUUGAAAAUGAUCACGGCAACAGUAUGAACAACUAUGGGAUCUAUGUCUACCAGACACCGGACUUUGGCACCACGAGUACAUACCAUGAAUUUCUGGUGAACCAGACAGUGAAAGUUCCCUGCGUGGUGUCUGGGAAGCCCGAGGUGGAAGUCCACUGGUAUAAGAACGAUCACAUCGUGAAUGAUGACGGCAGAGGUCAUCUCAAAAUAUUGCCAGAUAAAUCCCUGGAAAUUGUGGGAAUUCGGCAGGAAGACCGUGGAACCUACACAUGUGAAGGCAGGAUCAAAGGACGCCCCAUCUCAAGGACACUCCAAAUCUCUGUUGUUGUUAAUGAGCCACCGAUCGUAUUAAUUCACCAAGAGAGGAAGAGUGUUUCUGCUGGACCCGAUACCAGUGUGUCUAUAAUCUGCCUGGUCAAAGGAGAACCCACCCCAAAUAUUACAUGGAUAACCCCUUCACCAUUUGACAACACCCGUUACAAAUACAACUCUGACAGGAGCGAGCUCACCAUCUCUGCAGUGACCAGGAGAGAUUUUGGAGAGUAUGUCUGUACGGCAACCAAUAAGAUUGGGGAAAACAGUGCCACUUUUAUUCUGGAUGUGUCAGAGCGUCCAACUGUAGUUUUGGAUCAAAGCAAGCUGACAGUUAUUCCGGGGGAAGCUGGAUCCGUUGUCUGCAAUGCCACGGGGCAUCCGACUCCAACCAUCCAGUGGAUCAGAAAGACUUCCCGAGAGAAAAUGUCCAGGGUGGAGGGAUCUGAGCUGAUUCUUGAAAAUGUGAUGCCCUCUGAUGGUGGCUUUUAUUCCUGCAUAGCCAGCAACACAGCAGGCACAACCACUGAGGACUUCCAGUUAAUAACCUGGCCUGGCACACCCACAAAGUUUAGUGUGGUCCCGGAGUCCUCAUCUUCUGUCCUCAUCCAGAGUGUCUCAGUGCAGGACGGAGGGUCCCCCAUUUCUCAGUACAUCCUUCAGUGGAAGAAACCAUCCCAGGACAACUGGAGUCAAAGUGUUGUUAAGCCCUCAAGUCCUCUGGUCAUCAAUGCCCUUGAGCCGUACACAGAGUACUUAGUCCGCUUUGCAGCCAAAAACACUCAUUACCAGGGGAACUUCACUGCAGAGCAAAAAAUUGUGACACAGUCCCAACGAGAAACCAACAGCCCUGUUCUUUCUCUGAGCGAGAAAGAGCUGGAAAAGAACUCUGUCUCCAUCCCCAUUAAACAGCAGAAUGAUAGAGGCUCUCCCAUUCUACACUAUGCUGUACGCUACAGAGUGAACAAGGAGAAUGAGGAGUGGAAAGAAAAAGAAAUGCCUGGAAACUCAAGCCGAAUCCACCUGAGUGGCCUCCAGUACAACUCUGACUAUCAGAUGGAAGUUAUUGCUAUAAAUCACAACGGUUCAUCCAGCAUGGCCAAGGUUAACUUCACCGUCCCACAAGCUGUUUAUCAGCCGAGUGUAGGGAAAGCUGGUGUGGUGGGCAUAGUCAUGGUCAUCUUCUUGGUGCUGAUGGUAUCAGUAGAUGUUUUCUGUUGCUACACCAACAACUGUGGCCUGCUUAAUUUUCUUGCUCGUAAACUAUUUGGACAGAAAGUGGCAAAUUCUAAAGACGUGGAUGAAGAGGCCAAUAAUUCCAAUGGAGACAUGAAGCUGAGUGGGCUAGCGAUACCACAGGGCAGCAUCCCAAAACUUCAGGCACCCAAUGGGGCAGUGAAUGACGUUCAUUCAGAGGUCACAUGUGACAAAGCGCCUCUUACCAAAUUCAAGAAAAAGCCAGGAUGUGCUGAUCCAACUACAGAGGCUUAGGGGAAGAAACAAUUAAGAAAGACAGUUUAAAUGUACAGUUCUAAAGUGAUAUAGUCUGGAACAAAUAUACAAACAACACAAAGAUGACUGUUACUCACAGGAAAACGUUUGAGUCCUCUGUGAUACAUAUUAUUACACUGUGAUCAGACUGCAAAUAAAUGUAUGUUAAUAAUUAUCUUAAUAAUUCAAAAAAGAGCUGUUGUCUUCUGCUUUUGAUCCAGCAUUGUAAAUAAAUGACAAAUGCUGUUUGAGCCGAAUGUAAGUUCAGUAAUAAGCAAAUAAAUACAGAAGCAGCUAUUGCUCAGUCUAUCUCUUAACUAUUUGAUUUCAAAAUUUCAAAGUAUUAUUUUACUGUUGUAAUGGGAGCAUAAUAUUUCUCCAGGGUAGCAAUUGUGUUAAUUUAUUGUGCAUUAAAAUAUGCUUGUUGCAAUAAUUGUGUAAAGUAUUGGUAAAAAAUAACCAGUUUACAUUAUAU